AUGUGCCGCCUCGUGCUCUUCGCGGGCACCUGCACCCGCUGCAACGAAUCCCUCACCUGGGCCGACCUCUCCCAGCAGCUCUCGUGCCUCGAGGCCAAGAACGCCGACAAGUUCGGCUCGUGUCGGCGUGGCGUCGACGUCGAGACACACGCCUUUGACCAGGAAUGCGACGCCUGCGCCGGCGAGGACGAAGGCGUUGCCGGUAUGGACUUUGGUGAGCAGGAUUUUCAGCAGUAUCAUCAUCAGUAUCAGCAGUAUCAGCAAUACCAACACCCGUCAUCAGCAGCGUACACAGCAGGAUCGUCAUCGUCGGCGUCAAUACCACAACCCGGCUCGAGCAAGAGGGGCCGGGACGAAGGGGAGGGAAGGAAGAAGAAGAAGGCGAGGACGUGA